UGGACAUGACGAGUUUGACAGGCCGCAUGGGUAUAUGUGUGUGUGUGUAAUGUAAGUUGAGAUAAUUCCGUGAUACCGAAUUCCACUGAUACCGUUGUUUAUGCUGAAGAUCGACGUAAACGAGUCGCGCGGGAGUAGAUGGCGUGUGUAAGUCGUACAAGGAGAACGAUAGCAGGUGCAACGAUUCCGUGGGAUUCGUGGCUGUUUUGAGAAAACAUACUGUCACGUCGGAACAUGAUCAAUCAGAACGCGGACGAGGUGAUUACGAAUGCAACGAGUGCGGAGCGAGAUUGUGCGCGACGAAAGUCACGGCACGGAACGAGCGAAAGGCUUGCGACGUUUGUCUGGCGACGUGAAUCAUCGCGAGGAAACCACUCGCGGCAAGAGUGCAAGGCAAGGGAUGACGACGUCGAUGCGACGAACGAAGCACAGAUGGAACACAAAUUCAAGACCGCCACUACUAGUGGCAGAAUGUCAUUCACUACACCUUCCUUCUUCAGGAAUAUCAAGAAGUACUUGCAGAUUAAGAAUAUGUGCAGGUCCAAGCCAAAAGAUAAAGAAGCAGAAACAACCAGUCCUUUUCAUAUUACAAAUCAGAGCACUAUAGUAUCUACAGUUGAUCUUGUCGUAGGGCUUCCUGAUUCUCAUCAGGAACAAGAACAUUCAAGUAGCCAACAAGAAAUUCCAUCGAACAGACAAUCCUAUGAGAUUAGCACAAAUCUUGAUAUAGUUUCUACAGCACAAGAGGAUAAAGCAACAUGUGAUAUCACUAGUGAGAUUAGUGAUGCAAUAAUAGCGCAACCUAGCUGUUUAGAUACAACAGCUGAAGUUCCUAGUGCAAUAGCAGAUGUUUCUUGCGACGCGAACGAAACUUUAAGCGAUGAAAAUGAAGUUAAAGCUAGUCUCGCAGAGGAGCUGCUCAACUUGAACAAGUAUGGAUGGUACUGGGGCCCCAUAUCAGCAGAUCAAGCUGAUGCCAAGCUUAUAUCUGAACCUGAUGGUGCAUUUUUGGUACGAGACUCAUCCGACGACAGACAUGUCUUGACGCUCAGUUUUAAGUCAUCUGGGAAAAUAUUGCAUACACGUAUGGAACACAGUGGUGGUCUAUUUUCACUGUGCUAUCAACAUAAGAGCGAGGGCUUCACCUCAGUGGCUGCCCUGAUAAACCACUCAAUGAACUUCAGCCAGUCGGCUGUGUUUUGUUACUCGAGGCCGCGAUAUCCAGGAUAUCCGUCGUUUCCCGUUAGAUUAACGAAACCAGUGAGCAGGUUCACGCAAGUAAAGAGUUUGCAGUACCUGUGCCGUUUCGUCAUUCGUCAGAACACUAGUCUGGAUAACAUACACAAGUUGCUUCUGCCGGAAAGUGUCAAGUUAUAUAUACUAGAAUCGCAUUACUGGACAUAAUGGGCAUGAUACGGACGAAAAGUGUGUCAAAGACAGACGACAAAAUUAUUUUUAUUAAGUGUUUUUUAGAGAAUGAGAUACAUGUUGGCAGUUGAUAUUGAUUUCAGCUGCCAGCCAGAAUUCUGUGAGUCAAGGCCCAAUAGUAUUGAGUCCUACUGGGUUUUGAUUUGCAGGAUUCUACCAACGCGGUAUUACACUGAGCCACAGAUAUUUUUAUUCGACUCACAAUGUAUUGUGAACUAUGAGAAAAUUGUGAGAGACGAAUACCGCGUUUGCCUAUUUUCCCAACGAAUUGUUACACUCGUGUCAUUUUUAUUGAAUCAAAAAUAUAUAUUUUAUAUUUAGCGUAAGUUAGAAAUAAUCCUACAAUUCACGCUAAAUUACUUAUCACGAACUCGUGAUAAACUCGUGAUAAGCGUGAGUCAUCAUGCGCAGAAUCCGACGAGAUAAGAUCCGACGUCUGGAACAAAACCUAGCUAUGAAUUUUUAUACGGACGAUUAUAUAGUGUUUAAAAAAAAAGAUUCAAGAUUUUGAAGACAGAUAACAUUCACAAAAUAGAGAAAAAGGUCCUAAUAAACAUGGAUCGACAAAUAAAUAUUGUCGGAGAUAUGAACAAUUAUUUAUUCUAAUUCCAGCAAGUGAUCCACUCGCUUCUGAUGCUUAUAAAGUUUACAGAUUUUCUUCAUGUCUUUUCUAUUCCUAUACAUCAUAUCUUAUACGAAGAUAUGAUACUUCAUAUCUUCAUAUCAUAAAAUUGUGAACUCUCAAAAAUCCCCGACUUUGUUCCAACUAUUUGACAGGCAUUUUAUAUUUUCUGAUGUUAUUCGUUUAACAAUUAAAAAGAUCUUCCGGUGAAAGAUGGAUUAGACCAGGUAGACCAGUCUCAUGGCCACCUCAUUCUUCUGUUUUAAAUUUCCUGGACCUUUUUUACGGCAAUUUCUUAAGAGCAUGAUGUAUUUUCUCCACCCAUAAAUGAGAGAUGAAGUACAUCAAAGAAUACAAAAUGCCUGUCAAAUAGUUAGAACAAAGCCGGAAUUUUUUAAGAGUUCGCGAUUCUAUGGUACAAAGAUGAAAAGCAUGUGUAGAAAUACGAGGAACAUGUAGAAAAUCUUCGAUAAACUUUGUAAGCACUAAAAGUGAGUAAGUCACUUGCUUUGAUUAAAAUAAUUGUUCAUAAUAUCGACAAUAUUAAUUUUUCGAUCUAAGUUCAUUAGGACUGUUUUACUCCAUCUUGUGAAUAUUGUCUGUGCUUAGAGUCCUGAACCCUUUCUUUAAACACUGUAUUUAUAGCAAUAUUGCAGGGUAAACAAAACGUUUCUCAACUAAUCGUUGAACGUUAUUAGCUGCACAAUCGAUGAUUCAAAAAUAUACCUUUAUAUUUCGCAUGGAG